UUAUCGGUACUUAUUUUAUGUGGGUGGGUAGACCGUCGUCAAAAAACCGGCUCAAAAUCUUAAGCAAACAUAUAAAGCGUGCGGAGUUUCAUAAAUUCUUACACAGAAUGAAGAAAUUGACAUAAUUUAUCAUAGACCGACCACACCCCCUCUGCCGGAGGUCAGGCACAGAGAGAACAAGCUGCGGUCGGAACGGACGUGCUACAAGGGAGGGGGAAUGGAGGACUCCGAAGAAGUUGUAAUGAUGGCGGCCAAGCGUGAUGGACGGUCUGUGAUGAGACUAGAGAGAAUGUUCCGAAGUGAAAUCGACGACAAACUUGUCCACCACGUAGCGGGAGGCCCUCACAAAGGCAUCCUAAUAGCCAAGGCCGUGGACAAUUUAAAAGACGUGGAACCUCCAGAGGGGAGGUUGGAGUUUCUAGCAUACCUUAUCAACGAAGAGCAACAAAAUCAAUCCGUACAGGAUUACUGGACGCUGAGGUUUUGGUUCCGGGGUCAGGCUGAGGGGGUCGUUAAGAAGAAGACGUUUACAGACUACUUCCAGGAACUUAUGAAUCCUUCUAACUUCCCCAAAAAUUACAUUGGAUUCAUUAAGAAGGCGCUGGUACUCCUUAAAGUCUACCCUGUAAUAAAAAGGGUGGAGCUUGAGGUCCAAGAAACAGAGGAUCCGUCCCCAGAGGAGUCCAUUCCUCCUAUUAAAAGUUUUACAUCAGUAUUUACCCCUGCAUCCUACACAUAUCAACUUGUGCCAGAGGUACAAAUCAACAAUAAAACCUUCAUCACAUUUAUGGUGAAAGCAGCAGCGGACGCUCACGUCGCACUGAGCGCAGUGUAUGGUGACGUAGAUCGCAAAACGUUUGAAAUCGUCAUCGGAACUGACGGAAACACAAAGUCCAUAAUCCGUUAUGGUUCGAAUGGACCGGUAAUGACUGAAUCUAUGACGAUGAACGUUCUGUCUCCGAGUGAUUUCCGUUAUUUCUGGAUAAGCUGGGCGAACAAUAAAAUUGAAGUUGGACGUGGAGCUAAUUAUGGAGUGGGUGCUUUCCUUCAGUGGACGAUUCCUCCGAGCAAACAGUUCAAUAUCAACUGUCUUGCAGUUUCCACCGGAACACCUUCUAGAGGGCAGUGGGAGUUCGCAGAACUUUUGGAUGCAGAAAAGGACUUUGGGAAAGAGGCCAAGAAAAAAAGAAUCAAACACUCUUUGUUGUGGAUAGCAAAGAAACAGAAAAUGUUACAAUGCUUAGAAGACGCAUAUCCCAAUAUGGUGAAGACUCCUGAUUUAUUUAAACUCUGUAAGAUCAAGCAGUCGGACACAAUGGCAGCCCUGGUUUUCUUGUCGGACAUGCAGAAGAAAAAUCUUAUUAAAGAAGUAGAGGGCGGUUUUUGGAUGAGAAUUCAGAGCAGUCAGGAAACAGAAGUCAACAAACACGAAGUGAAAAUCGUCAAAAACCUUCCUGAGCUCAAACAAGCGGAUCAGCCAACCAUCGCCAUAGUGACGUCACUGUUCUGUGAGAAAGUAGCAACUGAUGCAAUGAUUGAAGAAAAGACGACUUACGUCAAAUAUAAAACUGAAGGCGAAUCACAAGUGUACACACUAGGUAGAAUUGGUAAGUUUAAAAUUGUGUCAACAAAACUGUCCCGCAGAGCUAACUCGGAGCAAGAAACAAGAAUUUCUGCUGAAAACACAAUUACCAGACUUUUAGGAACUUUCAACAAAGUUCAUCACGUAAUAAUUGUGGGGGUAGGGAGUGGAGUGCCGAAUUACUCUGAUGGCAAUAAACACGUGCGUCUUGGCGAUGUAGUUGUAUCUGUGCCUUCCAGAAAGAAUGGAGCAAUCUAUAUGCACUGUCACAAAAUAGAGAAGAUGGAGGAUGGGGAUGGUUAUAAUUAUUCCACCCGGGAAUGGGACUGUAGCGAUAAUUCUUUACAAGAUGUUGCGGUUAGUCUGAAGCAAAUCAUCGAACGAGAUAUCACUCCUCAGCGUCCUUGGGAUCGUUACAUCAACGACGCCAAGGGCGCCCUUCAAACAGAGGAAUCUAACUUCCAUCGACCGCCAAUGAAGACAGAUAGACUGUUUUACACGGACGACAAUGGGACAGAGCUAGAAGUGGAACAUCCGGUCGCUGGCAAAGCUUAUCGUGUGGGACAGAGUAACUGUCGUCUAGCUGUCAUAGCCAGCGGCAAACUCGUCUCCCGAAAUCCUUGGCUCCGACAGUCGUUUGCAGAACUGAACGGAAUCAGUGCAUAUGACAGUGACGUCAGUGCUGUUUUAGAAUCGUUAGAAGGGAACCGGAAUAACAGCUUUAUCAUCAUUCGUGGGAUCUCAGAUUAUUCGAGCGGAUCCAGAAAGGAGUGGCAACCUUACGCCUCUCUUGCUGCAGCUGCUUACAUGAAAUCGUUAAUCUACGCCUUGGCGUGAAUCAUUCCCUUGCUUAUUUGAGACUUAAGCUUAGAAAUAACUUUGAGAAGAUGGGCGAACAUAGCGUGCAGAAAACCUAUAGCUUCAGAUAUAUAAAAAUCACGUACAACUUGUGAAUUUAAUAUUUAGAGUUAAGUUCUCAUUAUUGAAAUUUAUGAAAUUAUGUUAAACAAAACUAUUCUCAGGAAAAUUUUCUCGGCGAAAUUUAUUCUUUCAUUAAAGAGACACUGUGACAGACAAACGGGAAAAUUGACAAAAGAGGAAUUUUUGCAAGACACAUGCAAAUUUUAUUCAAUUCUUGAGAGUAUUAGGUUUCAGAAAAUUACAGGUUUCAGAACUUAAAAAAUCUUUUAUGGAGAAAUAUAUCUAAAAAUAAUUUUAGUUUGCCCCAACACGAAAGUAUUGCUUCACCUCUUCCUCUUUAAGAUACGCAUGCGCAGAACAGUUGAAGAAGUUAC